AUGAACACUGUCGCGAUAGACACGGCUAAUGAGCAGCAACUAUCAUCAAAAUCUAAGUUGUGCAACGACCUAUCAAAAACAAGAAUUACUAAUGAAAGACCAGCUAGGUUUAAUCCACCAUUACUCACCAAAUCCAUCAAUGGACGCAAUACAGUUGUUUCCAACAAGGCCAUAGAAGCGUCCGUCCCAGUUUUUAAUUUUGAUGUUUCCAACUACAAGCAAAGCCACCCAUUAAAAGAGUCUAAAAAAAUCCAUAUGCAGCCCAUAUUAACAAAUAUGCACUCUCUACACAAGACCAAAGAGUUUCACGAGCAUAUCUUGCAAAGAGGCGAUGACAAUGCUAAUCUGAACUAUACUGUCGAGAAAAUCCAAUCUGCCAUCCCAGGAGGCAAUUUUAAAAGUCAAGCAAUCCAACAAGCACAGUCAGUAGCGCCUGUUGUUUUGAAAGCAGUACCUAAAAAUAGCACAGCAUCUUGUCAUCCUACUUUGAAGAGUUCAAGUCCAUCACCUAUUGCGACCGCCUUGGCUGAGGGAACUUUAAAACCACAGAUUCGAGCCAGUAGCAAUGCAAUUCUACAGACAAGAAACGCAGCAGCUGCUAAUGCUGUUUUAAAUCUGGCCACUCCAUAUAUUCAGAAACAACCUUUACCAUUCAAUCAGUCAAAUCAACCGCCUAUGCGUGUAUUUGGAUCGAAUUUCAUUGGAUCAAACUUGGGCGAGCCGAACGGGUUUUCCAGCAAGUUAUUGCUUGAUACUAUUGAAUCAAAUCAUUCCAAUCUGAAACAUGCUCCCAUUCGUCACAAAGAGCAUAUAAUUGAUGGUACUCAACAUUUGACAGCUCAAAUUGCUAGUCAGGAUAGUCUUACUACAAAUCAUGUUCAAGGUUCUUGCAAUCGUGUUUGCACCCAACAGCUGCCGUCACUGCAAAAACAAGCUAGACCCUUUGGAAAGGCCAAAAGAAAAAAUAGAGGCAGAUCUUGUGCAGCAUCCAACAGUGGAUCUUUGUUGAAUUCAAAAAACCCUAUAAUGACUGCUAUUAAUAGCAGUGAAAAUUUAGAAUGUGUUCAAAAUACACAGUCAACAAGUGUAUCAACGACUCAAAUACCGCAAGAGCAAAAAACGAUAUUUCCUGUUGAAAAGCAUGCUGAUUCGCCAAAGUGUUUCAAAGCUUGUUCAGAUAUUGGUGCCUCGGCAAGUUCUUUGAUUGCUACAGUUGACAGUGCACAGUUUUCUCUUGGAAAUCCCAAGGGAGAAAUAUUGACUAAAAAAACAUCACAAACCUCUGCAAUGCAUACUCACGCUGAUGUACCUCAAAACUUUUCGGUGAUAUCAAACUCACCUCAAGCAUCUCAGCGAUCUAAAAGCCGUGAUGUUUGUGUUCUUGAUAUGUCAUCCAUCAGUUCUGAUACAGAGUUAAAACCAACAAAUGUUACGACUCAAAGAUCAUUUUUGACAAAAACAGCAGCCACUAUUGAUUCUCCCAAACAAAAGAAAUAUAGUAUGUUUUUGCGUAGACAGCCUUUUUUAACCUCGAAACCUUUGACGACACAGUCUGCAACGUGUCUGGAUAUCGAAAGCAGCAAACGGAUUGCAUUUCCAGAUCCAGUCGAAGUGUCAUCAGACACUAUGCUUAAAUCUAUUGCGUGCCUUGAAUUGAUGAGCUCAUCUGAUAUCCAGAAUGCAGAUUCACCAAAUAUUGUAGCCCCAAUAGCCACCAUGCUGCCCAACAAAAGCCAUAAAAAUUCAUUUACGUCAUUUAUGAGAUCUGGAAUAGCACUACCAAAAGGUAUUUUCCAGCUUGCCAAGUUCAAACUCAACUUUUACUGA